AUGGACGCUUCAUUGGCGCUUUCCCCUGCCAGAGAUGAAAACCCAGAGGAACAGGUGUUUCUUCCUAACCUUCCGGACGCUCCUCAGGCGCUGCUGCUGUCAGUGCAAGUGUUUAUUGUGCCAGCAGAGAAGCAUCUCUUUCUCCAGGGCUUUAAGCCUGCCGAGUUUGAAAAUAGGCCUCCUUCGUUGCUUCGAGGAUGCCUUGUGCUUCGAAUCUUGAAACCGGCCAAAGUGAAGUCGCUUUCGUUGCAUUUCAAGGGCAUUCAGCGUACCGAAUGGCCCGAGGGUAUUCCACCAAAGAGAACAAACUAUGCUGAGGUGAAUGACUUGAUCAACCAUACUUGGCCUUUCUACCAUGCUGAUACGCAUACGCCUACGUUUGGUGCUGAUUUUGUUAGGCCUCUUCCGGCAAAUACCCAUAAGGCUCUGGACGAUAUCACACAUUUUAGUCUAUCAGAUCCACAUACUGGCGGAACUGACUCGUUUCUUUCUCCUGUGGACACUGCAAAGGGGUUUGCGGCCAGUUUGAUCAAUAGAGCUACUUCGCCAAGAGGUACAUCUCCUUCUCCAGCUCCAGGUAUCACUCCAGUGUCGUCAAUGCAAGAUCUUACAACGAUGCGUUCUGCAGGGUCAGCCACAGAUUCGCCAAUUGCUAACGGUCCUCCUAAACCUGGCUACUUUACUCCUGGUGAUUAUAUCUAUAACUUUGAGCAUCCGCUUCCGGCGCUGUCUCCUGAAACUGUCGAUACCAACUUUGGUAGGGUCUUUUACAACCUCGAAGCGAACGUGAUCAGAAUGGGCGCUUUCAAGACGAACCUCACGGCUCGUUUACCUGUGAGUGUUGUUCGUAUUCCUUCAGACAGCAGUGUUGAAGAAAAUGAACCUAUUUUCAUUGAGCGUGACUGGGAAGACCAGUUGCGGUACGAGAUACUUGUGGGUAGCAAGGCUGUGGUUCUUGAUACUUAUGUGCCGAUAUCAUUCAAGUUCAUUCCGCUUUAUGGUAAGGUUGCCUUACACAGAAUCCGAGUUUCCAUUACCGAGAACUGCAAUUACUAUUGUCACAACAAAACGGUGCAUAGAGCUGAACCUACAAGAAAGUUUCUCUUGCUAGAACAUAAAGCGAAGCCAAACAAGUCGCUUCUCUCCAAGCAAGGAUGCCUUACAGAUGACGGGCCAGAUGUCGGUACAGAAGAAGAUGAAGUGCUCCCUAGAGAACUAGAAUUCCAAAUGUUUGUCCCUUCCACCAUCAACAAGAAAUACAACUUUGCCAUGCAUCCAGACACUUCCUUCGAAAACAUCCAAUGCGACCACUGGAUAAAGAUCUCCUUGAGAAUUUCCCGGAAAGAUCCUUCUAAUCCAGAAAAGCGUAAGCAUUUUGAGAUUUCCAUCGAUUCUCCAAUCCAUUUAUGCUCCCCAUUGGCUGCCCAUUGCAACACCUUGUUGCCAGCAUACAACCGUACCGAACGUCUAGAGCCUUUGCCACAGUACGCUCCUCUGUCACCUCCAAUGUCUCCAGAAGUGACUGUGGUUGACCAGCUGCAAGGUGUGGGACAUCUGAUAUUUUCUGCUCUUUCAGGUUAUGGAAACAGCCAAUCCUCACCAGCAUCCUCUGAGGGCUCUUCAAGACUUAUAAGUCAAGCUCGUUCAGCUACACCACUUCUGUUUCGCCAUCUUUCCAACAGUGAUGAACCUAUAGAGAAAGAUCACCGCAUUCAUCUUGAGGCUAACCUUUAUUCUCCAAGCGAAGCUAACGUGUUGGAAUCACUUGGACUGCCACAAGCCCAGCCUUUCUCGAGACCGCAGUCGCCAGCACAUUCACCAGCACCUUUCCGUCCUGAUGCCCAGCGUCGCCCUACUGUGAAUCCUCCAUCAUUCGAAGCCAUCAAUCAUGACUUUGAUGAAACGUUGCCUCCAGCUUAUGAAAGAGACGAUCCUGCUACUUCUCCUGUAAGGAACGAAGGAACGUCUGCUGUGAAUGCUGAUAAGCGGAAAAGGAGCUCUGGAGCCAAGGAAACAAUUCCAGCCAUUGAGCUCUCUCGUCCUAGUACGGAUGCUAGCGUGAACCCAUCUGGAAUCAAAAAUCAACUCAGUAAACAGUUUGAGCCUGUUCCACGUACCAGCACUGGAGAAACCAACAAUUCAGCUACUACGUUGACAGAAAACAACAAGGAGUCUACACUGAUGCAGCGGGACCCAUCCGACUUGAGAGUAAGCGAGUCAAGCAGCAUUCCUCGUCCAAAGAGUCCUAGAAUUCCAGAAUCCGAGAAUGAUAUGGAUCUUUCAGACGUGAGACAGGCUACCAGCGGCCCAGCUUCGCCUGCAAUUGGACCUUUGGUAUCAAGAGAAUCCUCGGUGGCUCUGGCAGUCGACGAUGAUCUUCCUCUUGAACAAACGCUUCCACUUCUUACGCUUAACGAGGGAUACACAGAUGACAACUUGAGUAACUUCCUGUUGGACCAGGGCAGACGUCCAAGUGCUUUCGUCAAUACAAGCAUGACUGAUCUCAUGGACAACAAUAUGUUUGUUGGGCGUAGUGGGAUCGAAAGCCACAUUUUUCGGAACCCGAGGCUCAAGAAACACUACCAAGGAGAAGAAGAAGAGGAGGAGCCGCCAAGCAGCCACCACGACAAGGACAGACAGAAGUCCUUCGGCGUCAUACCGAAUAGCGACAUUCCACAGUCAAGUACCGCUGAAAGAUCACUGACUGCUAGUUCCACACAGAGCGAGUGGAUCAGUGAAGUGACCGACUCGUCAGGCAACAAGGCCCACGAAGGAUUCAGAGUCAAUGGUCUUCCCAAAGAUGUCAAGGAGCUCGUGAAGUAG